AACAUGUCUGCUCCAGAAACCUCUACCUCCGUCGCUACCCGCUCGAACCAGGGCACCGUCGCUCCCAAGGAAGCUUUGAAGCUUCGUCUUGACCUCAACCUCGAGGUGGAGAUUGCCAUCCAGGCCAAGGUCAAUGGCGACAUCACCCUCUCUCUCCUCGAGUAAAUGUGCCGUAGGACUGGA